CCUAAAAUUUUUCAAACUAUGCUCAUACGGCUUGUCUACUACCGUGGGGAACAAUGUUAAGGAUAGGUUUAUCAACAUCAGUCAAAGCCGCAAAAGCGUUUCCACGCGUGCAGAGAGGAUUCUUGAGCACUCCUCUCAAAACUUUGGGGUCUUCUGGAAGAAUCUCGAGUUCAUUUCAAGCAGGAGGUCUUCGUUUCAACUCCACCAGUAGCGGAGAAAAGUUUGAGAUUCAGAACAAAUUGGUUUCUUUCGACGAGCCAGUUGAAGCCGAGAAGAUUGUAUCUACUUUGACCUCAAACGAGUGGGGGUAUUUAGAUUCUAUUGGCUUAGCUCAAGGAUGGGGACCUACCGCAUUUGUGGAACGUUAUCUUGAAGCUGUGCAUAUAUUCAGUGGCUUGCCAUGGUGGGGAACCAUUGCUGUUUCCACCGUUAUUGCAAGAAUGAUUUUGUUUCCCUUGUACAUGUCCGCCUCCUCGAACGGUGCUAAGUUGGCCAAGGUCAAGCCAGAAAUGGAUGAGAUUUUGAGUAGUUUGAAGAAAGCAGAAAGUAACCAAGAAAAGUAUGUCUUGGUUCAAGAUAGAAAGCGUUUGAUGAAGGACAACGAUAUCAAGUUCUACAAGCAAGUCUACCCAAUGUUGCAAUUACCAAUCGCCUACGGGUUUUUCCAAGCCUUGAGAAAGAUGUCUGCUUACCCUGUUGAAGGUUUUGCCGACCAAGGUUACGCUUGGUUUGAAAACUUGACCCAAGUGGAUCCUUAUUUGGGUUUGCAUGGUAUUUCUGCUGCCCUCAUUUUGGCAAUUGUCAGAGCCGGUGGAGAAACUGGACAACAACAAGCCAUGACUGCGCCAAUGAAGAAAGUGCUCAUGCUCUUGCCUUUCUUGUCUAUUAUCAUUACCAAAGACUUCUAUGCAUCUGUAAUGAUCUAUGUUGCAACCAAUUCUUUGUGCUCCAUGGUUCAAACAUUCGUCUUGCGUAACGGUACUUUCCGUAAGUUGUUCAAGAUGCCACCAACCACCGUCAACGCUCCAGCCCCUGGAAAGAAGCAACCGGAAACCAUUUCUGACUGGUUCCGUCAACAAAAGGAGAGUUUUGACGAACAGGUGCACUCUAGAACUAAGGAAACCUCUCGUAAGCUUGAGGCUCAAGUGUUGAGAAGAAGAGACGGAACUGAUGGUUUCAUCAAAAGACACAAUAAGUAACUUGUAUAUACGUAACACUUGUAAUAUAGACCC